CGAUGCCUGAGGCCUCCUUCCUGUGGGGCGUCUUCCAGCGGGUUGAUAAAGACAGGAGUGGAAUAAUAUCUGAUACUGAACUCCAGCAGGCGUUGUCCAAUGGGACGUGGACUCCAUUUAACCCCGCCACAGUCAGGUCAAUCCUUGGCAUGUUUGACAGAGAAAACAAAGGUGGCGUGAACUUCAAUGAAUUCACGGGAGUCUGGAAGUACAUCACAGACUGGCAGAAUGUCUUUCGAACGUAUGAUAGAGACAAUUCUGGAAUGAUUGACAAAAAUGAGCUAAAGCAAGCACUAACAGGUUUUGGUUACCGCCUGUCUGAUCAAUUCUACGAUAUCCUUAUUCGGAAGUUUGACAGACAAGGAAGAGGCCAAGUUGCUUUCGAUGACUUUAUUCAGUGCUGUGUUGUUUUACAGAGGCUGACUGAUGUGUUCCGACGUUACGAUACUGAUCAGGACGGCUGGAUCCAGGUGUCAUAUGAGCAGUACCUGUCCAUGGUCUUCAGCAUCGUAUGACAUUGACAACUCGGAAUCCCACCCUGGCACUGUACAGACUGGAGUUGCCAAAUCAUCAUGUACUGAAUAAGAUUAUUGAUGUAUUAUAAUGGAUAUAAUAUCACGUUCUUAAAUUUUGUACGUUCAUCAUCACCUUCAGCAUCUGUACUUGAGUUGGUUUUCGUUUUGUAUUACCGUAAGAUCCGACCACCUCAUGCUUACUGCAGUACAGAAAGCACAGAGCCUAGAUUUAACUGGUGCAAUGUCAAACCUAACUUUCUUCCACAUAUCCUGCAUGGGGAAAAAAUGACUCUUUAGAAAUGCCAAAUUAAAAUAAUGCUUGUUAGUUUGUCAGAGAGUUGAAACUCCGAAGUUGCACAACGUUUUGCAUGUGCCUUACUUUUCUAAGAAGUUAAUGUAUUAAUUUUUAAUACAGAAUUUAAAGUUAAGUAAAAAUGUUAGACCAACUUACAUAGCCUACUUUAUUUUUGUACAAUUUUUUAAGGGGAUGGUGGGGGUUGUGUUUCUGUCUUCCAGUUUUCCAUGGCUCAGGGGUCCCUGCCACUUAACAGGGCUGGCGUUUUUGCUUUGCUUUGUAUUUUUGCUUUCUAGCUGCCCCUUUCUUUCCGGGUAUCCUUGGGACAUCUUCAGACAGAACUGCUUCUCAGCUUUGUCCUAUACUGCAUCUUCCUCAGUGAAUUCGCUACAAAAAUAAACCUCUAGUUCCUCUGGA